AUGGCUGGGUAUCAAUUUAUCAUUUAAUGUAGGGUUGAAGAUUAAAAUUAUAUAAUUUAAAUUUGGUAAAAAUAAGAGAAGGACUAAUGGAUUUAUAAUAAAAAAUUGGAACCUGAGCAUAGAGGUACAAUUUUGAAAUUAUCCAUUAUUCAAAAAGUACAAUAAUAACAUGUUCAGAAGAUUAAGUAAUGUUUUAAUAAUAUGGUCAAAUAUUAGACAAUUAUGAAGAUUAAUUUCCAAGAUAAGAAAUUUGAUGUUUUGUUAGAUGACAAACCAAUAAAUGAUAUGAUCUUGAUAGAUUCUUAAAUAAUUUUUAUAACUGAAGAUAGAAUGAAGGCUUUUGAUUCAAAUAAUAAAUAAAUAACCAAUGACAUUUAAGGAUGCGAAUAAUAGAUAUAUAUUAAAGCAAUCACUAAAUAAAUAUUUGUUAUAGGAAAUUAAAAAGGCUCUGUUUUGAUCUGUAAUUUUGAUGAAAAGAAAUCAUCCCUUAUAAUAUAGAAAUAAAUAUCAAUACAUCUUAAAGAAAUUAAAUAUAUUGAAAGAAUAGAUUCAAUGUAAUAUAACCAACUAUUUAAGGUAAUUUGUUACUUCUUCAUGAUGGAAAAAAUUGUUUUGUAACAGUAGGUGGAAAAAUAUUGA